CUGCAAAUCCUACUUCAUUUGCAUUUCGGAAAAUUUUGUCUACAAUGGGGCGCAAUAUUCAACGUAUUAUUAACACUGUUUUUGUGCAAGAUGACAAUCCAUUGUACGGUCGCGGAACAUUAGGCAUUUUUUCGGGUGUUUAUAUUAGUUAUAUGCAAAAUAUUCUUUUGCUUGGUGUAAUUUUUCUCCGUUUACCAUGGAUUGUUGGUAUUCUCAGCUUAAGUCUAACAGCAUUUGCAAUUUUUCUCGUCUUUACAGCGAUUUUAUGCUCAUCAUUUUCCAUCGCAGCAAUUGCAACAAACGGAAGUGAUCGUUUAUAUGGUGGUCCAUUUACUACAAUUGCUUACAGUUUGGGUAAUCGAGUGGCGCUUGUUGCUGGAGUGAUGCUUUGCCUAGCAAACUGCGGUUUUACUGGAAUAUGCUUAACAAUAUGUGUUGAGCUAAUUCAGCAAUAUAUUCUGAAGCCAACUCCAGUGGAGCCAAAUUUAAUAAUGCGAGCACUUGAAAAUGGUAAUGCAAAAUUUUCAUCAAUUAUCGGUUGCUCACUUCUUCUGUUACCGUUAUUUACGGGUAGUAUUUGUGGUAUUAACAUUUCAUCAAUGCUAAAAUCACCAACCAAAAAUAUUCCUACCGGAAUUUUCAGCUGUUUAUUGACAAUGCUUUUUUUGAUAACAAUAUUAGUCUGUUCAUUGGCACUUGGCAUAGAGCGUCAUUUAUUGCUUGAUAAAUAUGGACGUGGAACCUAUCCGAGUUUUCCGAUUAUCUUUACGAUUUCUAAUCCAAUGGUUCUUAUCGUUGGCUUAAUGCUUAUGUCAAUUGUUGCUGCAAUUCAGACGGCUAAAAGUUUAUUGCUCAGUAUCAUUACCAGUCAUACCAUUCCGAUUCCGCGAUUUUUCUAUCAACGAACUAGCAAACGGCGAAAAUUAGCUGCUAUUGCGAUAACAGCUUUUCUCAUUUUGCCAUAUUUGUUUGUCAACAAUUUGGAUUACAUAUUGGUUAUUGCAAGUAGUUGUAUGCUUGUUGCACUAAUUGUAAUUAAUAUUGGCACAAUCAUUUGCUCAACACUGAAUUUUCCCAGUUUCCAUCCAACAUUUCGGUUCUUUCGAUCAUUUUUUGCCAUGCUUGGUAUUUUUGCUUGUGCUAUAAUGCUUUAUGGCUGUAAGCCAUUGGUUGGUGUGAUAGUAAGUACCAUUGCAAUUAUGAUUUAUGUAAUAUUUCCGCUACACCGGAAACGAUUCCGUCGUGAUACUCCAUAUGCAAUUGUUGUUGAUAUCGCUAACAUGUUGCUGUAUUCAUCAACUAAGAAAACUAAUGCCGGACUGGUCGAAGAAUUUUAUUCAAAGCCUCGUUGCAUCGUUUUUACACGAUUUCCCGCACCUUGCGAUAAUCUUCUACGAAUGGCUAAAAUUUUAUCACAAAAUCGUAGCGCACUUUGUUUAUCACUUAUUCGUGAUACGGGCGAUCAAGAAAAUAUCGGUUCCGAAGACGUGCGAACAGCACGACAAUAUAUGGAUUAUAUCGAUUUAUCUGGCUAUGCAACACAAUUUAAAUAUCAAAAAAUCAGUUCUCUGCAUUCGAUCGCAUCUGCGUUGGCAAGUUGCUGUGGUUUAGGAGUUUUUCAAUCGAAUACAGUUAUGAUAGAAUAUCCAUCAGAAGCAGCUUUAAGCGGUUUACCUGACUCAUUACUUUAUCAUUAUCAUAUGCAUCGUGUUUGUGUUCAGCACUGUAAUUUGGUCGUUGUUAAGGGUAUUUUUCCACUGAAAAUACCGCCAGUGCAAUCAAAUAAAACGAUUGAUAUUUGGUGGAUUAUCGAUAAUGGUGAUGUACUGUUAAUGGUUGCAAAAAUGUUGAAAAAGCACAAAAUUUGGCGUAAAGCAAGAUUACGUCUAUUUGUUGUGGUGGAUAUCGAAGAUAAUAUCAAGCAAACUGAAAAAGCCCUUGUUCUAUGGCUAAUCGAUAAUCACUAUUUAAUAUAUAAAAUUGAAUUUAUACGAGCUGACCAAAGAGCUCGACAAUUGAAUAAGGAGAUUCUGAAACGCAGUUCGGAUGCUGUUCUCGUAUUGAUGAAUAUGCCAGAACCACCGGUACAUUUGGAACGUUUUCGGAAAUAUUUGAAUUUUUUAAACGAUAUGUCUAAUGAAUUGAAAAAAGUGCUAUUUGUUCGAGGCGUUGAUGUACAGUCAAAUAUUGACUUGGAAACGUCAACUACGAAAGAAUAG